UGGACUAGGUGCCCCCGAGAAGGCUCCAUCCGUAUCUUGAUAUCUGUGGCAAACAAUUCCUUUAAAGCUAAAACCUCUAAAAUGAGCAAAACAAAACUUAUUUUCUAUGAAGAAGACGUGACAUCUGCUGUGUACGGAAGUGCUAUGUUACAAGCACAAAGUCAUGAAAGUCGUGAACGAUAUACUGAAAUGUUUUAAGCAAAGGCAAAAUGAUGAGUUUUUUUAAGACACAAAGUGCGAUGUUUUGAGACACAAAGUGCGAUAUGGUGAUCUAAACCUGCAAUGUUUUAAGCGAUAAUCAAAUAGUGCUUUGUCGUGACACUCAAAGUGAGUUGUCGUGACGCAAAUUGUUCAAAGUCGUGACGGAAAGGUGAGAUGUUGUUAACGAAAACCUUGAGUGGCCCUCAUGGGCUUCCGUAGCUGUGAUCUAAGCUAAUGUCCCGGAUAGACAGCGUAGCGUGACAUAAAAAACAAAAUUCCUGGUUUCCGCCGAUCCAGAAUAAGACUGGAAUACAAAACAUCAGCUUACAAAAACAGAGUAACCCUCCCAAAGAGUUUAGACAGGUAGACUAACUGUCCUUGCGUAGCGGCUCAAGGUAAGUGGGAACGCAGGAUAGUGGAAAAGCAAUCCAGCACAGAACAUGGCUUUGCCCUCACAGCGGAGGCUGUCGUGCCGUAGCUUUCUGAUGGUGGAGCCUGUCUUGUUCUUCUGGGCGUUUGGUCUGUUCAUGAGCGUCCCCAUAUUGCAGCAAUACGUGUAUUUCCGGAUUAGCGAAGACAAUGGUUUCCCUUACAGCGCUGAGAGGGAGACUGGAUGUCAGGCGGGCAACGAUUCGGACAUGGCUGCACUCGAGCGAAAGGUCCAAGAUAGUGCGGCGCGCUAUGACAUUGGUAACGUCAUGAUCAUGUCGAUCCCAUCAGUCAUAGUAUCGCUUAUGUUGGGGCCAUGGACGGACACGGCUGGGAGAAAGAGAGCGAUUGUUGCCCCUGCAAUAGGGUCCCUGUUAGAGUCCAUCAACACCCUACUGGUUAUGUACCUAAAGUGGCCCAUCCUGGUGCUGUUUGUUGGUUCCGCUUUUACAGGUUUCAGUGGAUUUUUCACUGUCAUGACCCAAGCGUCCAUGGCGUAUAUCGCCGACACAACACCGGAACAACAAGUGGCCUUACGGUUAGCGAUAAUGCAGCUAAUGCUUCUGAUUGGCGGGCUCGUUAGCCAGUUGACAACAGGACCGUGGCUACGAACAUACGGCUUCAUCGAGCCCUACUGGUUCAUAUUCGCGUGCUUUACUCUUGCCACUUUCUACGUCGUAGUGUUGUUGCCAGAGUCCACCCCUAAGACCAAGCGGGAGCCAUGUAGACUGUUAAGCUGCGAUAGCUUCAAAGUCAUUUGGUCCGUCUACGCAGACCCACGAAAUGGGUAUCGGAGAAGUCUCUUCUUGCUUCUGAUAGGGGACGGGCUUGUAAGCCUAGCCACUAUGGGACUUAGUGGAGUGAUCUCACUAUUCGUUCUGCGCAGUCCACUCUGCUGGUCGCCCACGUAUUUCGGUGGCUUCAUGGCAUUUCGCUUCUUGACUCAAGGCAUCGGAGGCAUUGUGGGUAUUGGUAUAUUCAAAAGGUUCCUGUCCGAUUCCAAUAUAGCCAGAGUCGGUCUUAUCUCACUCAUAGCCUCCCUUGUAGUGUUCGCAUUCGCCAGCAAGACGUGGGUCGUUUUCUUAGUCCCUAUUGUAGGGUUAUUGACCGGUACCAUAUCGCCGAUUAUGAAGGGAAUGAUCACUCAACUCACUCGUCCUGAUGAGCGUGGAGCUGCCUUCUCGGCUGUAGCAGCCAUCAGUACAUUCUGUAAUUUCUUGGGUGCGUUCGUUUUCAACCCUAUCUAUAUCCGAUCACAGAGUAUCGGCUUCCCUGGACUCGUGUUUCUUGUCUGUGCUGCUGUUACUGUCUUCCCUCUCGCCAUAUUCAGUUUUCUCAAAAACACAAAGUAUCUUCCCCGAGACUGGGACGAAGAGACCACAGGAGUCGAGGAGGCGAGUGAGAAAUCACCAGACCCAGAGACCAACGAGUACGACACCCAACUGCAAGAGAACAGAGAGAUAGAUUGGGUGGAUUCGCAUGAUUUACAAGACGGAGAGAAAAACUGUCAAGAAAAGGAUGAGGGUAUCGUGACAGUGUUGUAAGUGUGAUGCUAAUGUGAUGCGCGUAACAAAGCUCUGGAUAAAGCUAAAACGCAAGGUUAGAAACUCGACAACUCCACCGUCACACAUGACGGUCAAGUAACACAACUCGCGGUCACACAAGGCGGUCAAGUAACACAACUCGCGGUCACACAAGGCGGUCAAGUAACACAACUCGCAGUCACACAAAGCGGUCAAGUAACACAACUCGCAGUCACACAAGGCGGUCAAGUAACACAACUCGCGGUCACACAAGGCGGUCAAGUCACACAACUCGCGGUCACACAAGGCGGUCAAGUAACCCAACUCGCGGUCACACAAGGCGAUCAAGUAACACAACUCGCGGUCACACAAGGCGAUCAAGUAACACAACUCGCGGUCACACAAGGCGAUCAAGUAACACAACUCGCAGUCACACAAGGUGUCAAGUAACACAACUCGCCGUCACACAGGGCGGUCAAGUAACACAACUCGCCGUCACACAAGGCGGUCAAGUAAGCAACUCGCGGUCACACAAGACGGUCAAGUAACAACUCGCGGUCACACAAGGCGGUCAAGUAACACAACCCGCAGUCACACAAGGCGGUCAAGUCACACAACUCGCGGUCACACAAGGCGAUCAAGUAACACAACUCGCGGUCACACAAGGCGAUCAAGAAACACAACUCGCAGUCAUACAAGGCGGUCAAGUAACACAACUCGCAGUCACACAAGGCGGUCAAGUAACACAACUCGCAGUCACACAAGGCGGUCAAGUAACACAACUCGCAGUCACACAAGACUGUCAAGUAACAACUCGCAGUCACACAACGCGGUCAAGUAACACAACCCGCAGUCUUACAAGGCGGUCAAGUAACACAACUCGCGGUCACACAAGGCGGUCAAGUAACACAACUCGCAGUCACACAACGCGGUCAAGUAACACAACCCGCAGUCUUACAAGGCGGUCAAGUAACACAACUCGCAGUCACACAACGCGGUCAAGUAACACAACCCGCAGUCUUACAAGGCGGUCAAGUAACACAACUCGCAGUCACACAAGGCGGUCAAGUAACACAACUCGCAGUCACACAAGGCGGUCAAGUAACACAACUCGCAGUCACACAAGGCGGUCAAGUAAGCAACUCGCCGUCACACAAGGCGGUCAAGUAACAACUCGCAAUCACACAAGGCGGUCAAGUAACACAACUCGCGGUCACACAAGGCGUCAAGUAACACAACUCGCAGUCACACAAGGCGGUCAAGUAACACAACUCGCAGUCACACAAGGCGGUCAAGUAACACAACUCGCAGUCACACAAGGCGGUCAAGUAACACAACUCGCAGUCACACAAGGCGGUCAAGUAACACAACUCGCGGUCACACAAGGUGUCAAGUAACACAACUCGCGUUCACACAAGGCGUCAAGUAAUACAACUCGCAGUCACACAAGACGGUCAAGUAACAACCGCAGUCACACAAGGCGGUCAAGUAACACAACCCGCAGUCACACAAGGCGGUCAAGUAACACAACUCGCGGUCACACAAGGCGGUCAAGUAACACAACUCGCAGUCACACAAAGCGGUCAAGUAACACAACUCGCAGUCACACAAGGCGGUCAAGUAACACAACUCGCAGUCACACAAGGCGGUCAAGUAACACAACUCGCAGUCACACAAGGCGGUCAAGUAACACAACUCGCGGUCACACAAGGCGUCAAGUAACACAACUCGCAGUCACACAAGGCGGUCAAGUAACACAACUCGCAGUCACACAAGGCGGUCAAGUAACACAACUCGCAGUCACACAAGGCGGUCAAGUAACACAACUCGCGGUCACACAAGGCGUCAAGUAACACAACUCGCAGUCACACAAGGCGGUCAAGUAACACAACUCGCGGUCACACAAUGCGUCAAGUAACACAACUCGUGGUCACACAACGCGUCAAGUAAUACAACUCGCAGUCACACAAGACGGUCAAGUAACAACUCGCAGUCACACAAGGCGGUCAAGUAACACAACUCGCACUCACACAAGGCGGUCAAGUAACACAACUCGCGGUCACACAAGGCGUCAAGUAACACAACUCGCGGUCACACAAGGCGUCAAGUAAUACAACUCGCAGUCACACAAGGCGGCCAAGUAAGCAACUCGCAGUCACACAGGGCGGUCAAGUAACACAACUCGCAGUCACACAAGGCGGUCAAGUAACACAACUCGCGGUCACACAAGGCGGUCAAGUAACACAACUCGCAGUCACACAAGGCGGUCAAGUAACACAACUCGCAGUCACACAAGGCGGUCAAGUAACACAACUCGCAGUCACACAGGGCGGUCAAGUAACACAACUCGCAGUCACACAAGGCGGUCAAGUAACACAACUCGCGGUCACACAAGGCGUCAAGUAACACAACUCGCAGUCACACAAGGCGGUCAAGUAACACAACUCGCCGUCACACAAGGCGGCCAAGUAAGCAACUCGCCGUCACACAAGGCGGUCAAGUCACACAACUCGCAGUCAUCUCACACAAGGCGGUCAAGAGAUACAACGCAAGCCAUACAAGGGGCAAAGUAUCAAAGCUCUUAGAGAGUACUCUGUGUUUUUUUCUCCCGCCGCCCAUGCACGUACAACAGAACGUACAACAAGAUGCUAGAUAUAAAUAAUAUCUAUUAUUCCUUUUUCCUGCUGCGUCAAUUGUCAAUUUUACAUUCAUGUUUGUAAGUACUUCAGCUUUUGGAAUAACAAAAUCUUUUUUGAUAAUUUAUUUUGUUGCUCUAAGAACGAUAUUUGAACUAAUAAUAUUUAGUAGAACGUGGAACGCCAAAUUCGUGACACGAGCUACGUGUGCUACAAUCGCCCACUCAUUCUGCUAAAUCCUAUGUUAUGAUUAUGCUAAAUAUAGGAUAUCCAUGCUUUCUCUUCCUACUGCGUCAAUGGACAAUUUCGCACCAUUGUCUGUAAGUACUGCGUCUUAAUGACUAAGUAAGAACUAGAAAGGAAUCUAAAGGUAAAACGGCGAGUACGUGACACAAGUCAAGGACGGUUAUCAAUCACUCAAAUUCUGCUUUUAUUUGCACCUUCAUUUAAUCGCUGUUCUUAAUCUGAACGUAUUUUUUUUUUCCGCAUUGCAUCAUUUAGGCAAUGAGAACGCACCCACACGUGACCUACAAAGACGUGGUUUUCGCUGUUGUUACAUAAAGAGGCUCCCUACGGUUUUCUAGUAACCUAUCAUUAGUUACUUAGAAACCUGCACGGACCUUCUUAAAGCUUCUUCCGUGCACUUCAGUACUUCUUUGGGUGUCUUUUGAUAUCAGAUAGAGGACAUGUCACAUGGGCACUUACUCUUUGAAACCUAGCGAUGCUUUAAGAUUACAUCUUUCUUUCUACAUUCAUACUGUACUCAUAAUCUAACUUUGUCUAGUUUUAUCUCCGGGUUUGUACGUGCUAUUCGUUUCCUUGUUAAAUUCCCUCAAUCUUCCCACGAGCUAGCCUUUAUAGUACCUGGGGCCGGUUCCUGAAAGGCCGAUUAACUUAACCCUAGAUCAGCGUCUAAUCCCGGGUUAAAAUUCGCUAAUCGUAGGUUAGGUAACCUAUACAGAUAACUCACCGUUCCCGCAAGCUUAGUAAUCCCCCGACUUACUAACCCUGGAUUUAGCGAGUGAAAAACUGGUUUGACGAGUAAAAUUCACACAGGAUACCCAGUAGAUCAAUAGAGAGCAACUCAAAUUUACCUUUGGUGGUUUUAUUUUUGCAGAGAAGCCCCAAAACACCUAUACAUCGCCUGUUGUCUCCAUUUCAUUGCCAAAAAUGUCAUUUGCAGGGUUCGAGUUGGUGCGUUACACUAGCGAGACAGAUUCAUUUCAAGUAGAAAUCUCAUGUAACUUUCUGUCUGUCCCAGCACAAUUUGCAAGUAAGCAACGGAGGUCGCAUAAAGGGCCGUAUCCAGCAUGAGGCACGUGAGGCAGUCGCCUCGGUAAAAUUUUGAUAGUCAGUGUUUCAUAAUUAAAAGUAAAGGAUUUUACCUCCAAACUAACCCAGAUUUAGCGCUAACCAGCGUUUCGGGAACAGAACUUAUCCGGGGGUAAAAAUGUAAUCAAAAGCAAAUGAACCCUGGGUUAGCGCUAAUCGGCUUUUCACAGGAACCGAUCCCUGAUAUCCAAUCUAGACUCUAUGCGGUCGCUUGCUCGGGUACCCUGGGUAUGUAAAUUAUUAUACCAACCUCUACUGAUUUCCCAUACUAAAGCGCCUAUACCGAUGCCGGAAAAUUAUCGAUGAAGCGAUACUUUUUGCCUUUAUCUUAUUUUUGAAUAACAAUUUCCAAAAGACCGUCACUAGACAACUCAUUAUCCCAGCGCCUAUGUCUUGUUGUUUCUAAGUCCUGAAAUCCCGCACGAGUUGUACUCACAUUAAAAAAAAAUAAUUCAAACCUUAGCAUCAGACUGGUUGUGACACUUUUAAGACAGUGUGUCUUGGAAAGACACUCCGCGUAUUAUAACGAGGCAGUCGUUCCGUCCCUAAAUAUCAUUCACGACUAGAAAGUCCAGAGAUUGCCACGACUAAUUUGUUAUGACUUCAGAUAACUGUAAACAUGGACAAUGCAUGCAUUUCACACUUUAAAGAUUUAAAAAGGGUUUCAAUUGAUUAAUUAAUACAAAAAAUAAUAAAAGCGCGCGAAGAGCCGGUUAAGGUGAGUGCGAAUAUCUCCACGUUAACAAAAUUCACUCCCACUUUUAGAAAACUUAUUUGUUGUGAUAAAAUCACUACAAUUCACGACAAUAACUUCGAAUCUUAUUUUUGGAAUAUCCAAAAACAGGAAGAGGAUGUUUUUGCCAUAGGGCAAAUUACGAUUAGUUGUUUUGGUCACGUUUAAUCAGUUCUAGCUCUCGUGAAAAAGAUGGCAAAAAUAACACAGGUAUUUUGAAAAGCAGAAAAUUUUACAUAACAAAGAGAAGUUUUCAAGGAUAAUAAAUAAAAAGGCAAAACGGUCAAGUAAAACUUUCUGUUUUAUUUUCAUUAAAAUACAGUUCAUUACACCUGCUGAUGUUUUUUAUUUAUUUAUUUCAAGAAGCUAGUCUUUCCCCUCGCAAUUAUGAAUAUUUGAUUUACCAUCAAGUAUUGACUACCACCCUACGCGUAUUAGUUAUCGUCAUAUCCCCCCGAGAAUGCCUCCGUUCGAUUAUAGGUUGUUAUGUCUACGGUCCGAUUGUCACGUAGGAAAACAUCCGUAUUUUUUUUCUAGUCGCCAUAUCGAUUACGUAAAAGACGCCAGUAUAGUUGGCGUAUGCCAAAAAAAGAGAUUUCGGAUGAACACAAUCAGACAAGUGAAGGUGAAUAGUUUCUUGUUUUUCAAUUUUAACAUUUGAAAUAUGAUUAUGUUUCUUUUACCAACAGAUAAUACAUUAUUUCUACAAUUGGACGUGAUAUAUCUCAACAUUUAAAUCUUAUCAAUGUCAAUCGAGUGGAUCUAAGAGGGGUGAAACUUCCACACAAUACUUUUUUCUAUAAUGACAUUUUUAAUUAAAAACUAUUUGUUGUAAGGGAGUGGAGCCAUGAGUAAUCGCCACCCUUGUGUCACGCCCCCAGUACUAAUGCGGUGCGCUCCUAUUGGUUAAGGGCUUGUAUAAUUGCAAGGCCUGUAUUAUUACGUGCGCAAGCGUUUUUUGUAGAAUUAUUUUUUUGGAUUACCAUUACGCCUUGCCGUGCGAGUUCCCGAGUAAAAGACAUUAGAGUAAAACUUUCCGGUCAGGCAAUGGUCUCAUUAAAUACAAAAUUCGUCGCAUUUCUUUUUGAUGCUGGAAAUCCCCUAUUUUUUAAGCUUCUAGUCUCAAUUAGAAGUUUAAAAGUAUUAAAAAUAUUCAUUGCAUUUGUCAAGUCGGCUAUAAUCCCUUAUACUUAUGGCUUUACUGUGAAUAACGAAUGGGAGGAUCAUUUUUCAUAACUAUUAAAGAAAACUCAUUAGUUUAAUGAACUUCCGAAGACAAAAUAUAGGCGCCUAAAGUCAUAGUAUUUGCGACUGAAUACGUGCUCACUCACAUUGUAUUUUGAGACGAGAAUGUGUCGCUAUGAAUGGCGAGACUUGUCAGACGUACGUGCUCUGCUCAGAAAAAUACCGUCGGCUUUGCGGCGAUAGAGUAACCGACUACUUUGUACACAAUGCGGAUUGUACACGAUUCCGGAAAGAAAAGCUUUAACGAACGGAAGAAAAACUAAAA